AUGGAUAACACUGCCAUCACAUCUCAAUCAAGCUCCACGCCAUUGGUGUGCUCUGUUACUCCUAUUAUUGUUGGCUCGCCCCCGAGUCCUGCGAACGUCAUUGAGUUGUCGUCGCCGUCAACCCCUCCAACACCUUUGACGUUGCUGGCGAGUUUGUCAGAAACACCAUCUCGCAAGACAACAAAUCCUGACACAAAUGGAGAAAACACAAUUUGCCAUGGAGUCCGGCAAGUUAGACGUGUGCCAAGGAAUAAUCCUGUAACCGGACCAUCAAAGGAACAUAAACAAAGAACAAGGAGUCCUAAAACCACUACGCGAAGAGAAAUCAAAAUCGUGGAAGGAGAUCGCCUCAUCGUUGGCCACGACAAACGAGAGAAGAAAGGAGAGACAACGAAACGCAUGAAAAAACGAGAUGGCGUAGCAGAUAAAAAAUUGUAUGCACGGGUUUCGAAAGUAAAGUCUUCUGAGAACCUUGAUCUAGACGCGAAGAUUCCGUCGUCGAAAGUCUGCAACAAUACAUUGCCAUUGGUCGGAGAUGACAUGGACAAUGGAUCGAGCGAAUUAAAACUUGAACAGGCUAUCAAAAGACGGCAUGAUUGGACUCCUACGAGAGAGGUAACAACACCAGUGGUAGAUGUGGCUGAGCUUCACUCGUCGCCGUGCGGUAAGGCUGUGACUAGAAUGCACGGCGUGGGGACUCUGCUUUCUGAUUAUGGAUUCAGCGGAGUAGUGGAAACAUCGCUGGGGACUAAAUCAGAGAGCUUCCGUAAUGCUCCCACGACUAAACGUCCGAUGGAGCUCCAAAAAUUUUCUACCGUUCCAGCAAUCCCAACUCCGACCGAAUCCUCUACAACUGAAGACGUUCAGGGUUCCUCCUCAAAACAGCAAAGAGUGAAGGCCAAGAAACCACAGAAGGGAAAACUAACGACAAUCACGUCGCACGCCACUGCCAAAUACUGUGUGGCUGAUCAGACAGUCGAUUUAGAUUAUAUCCAAAAUGUGGCGCCAAAAAGUCCCAGAAGGAAGAACAUAUCGAAUCGACCAUCUGGAACGAAACAUUCGAAUUCAGGUAGGGGGAAGUCAAGUACCUUGAAGAACGACAAUGGCCGUCCGGUAUUUAGGGUGGUUCCUCCACUUGAGGCUUUCAAAUCUUUCGAAGGACAGGAGUUGUUAUUUGGGACUUCGAGUCAGUUAGAACGAGGAUAUCCGGAAUAUCCAUGCGAUGAAACACAAGACACCCAAAACUCACCAAGUAACUCAGCAGCUGUUUCAGAGCUUGCAGUCCCCUACAGGAUCUCUUCAGAAGGCAAGGAUUUAGGUUCGAGUUUGUUUGGAUUGUCCGGUUCGAAGAAUCUUUGGUCAGCAAGUGCCAGAGAUUUAACGGGUGCCGUUUUCGAGGGAGAUGAAAUUGACUUUCAAGGGGCUUCAAUGGGGCUUUCUGUUCUCGCAACCAAAUCCAGAUGCCACCCUGGCAACAGGGGCCCACCAAGAAGAAAUUUGGUUGACGUUGACAACGUUCCUGACAAAAAAUUGGAUAUUGACACAACAGAAGGGGAGAACGGGAAUCAUUCCUCCGUAGCAGACAAUAUUGUGGAUAGAGAAAAUCUCAAUCCCAAGAUUUCAGCAAAUACUUCAGAAACAAACCUUGAAUGUGCUCCUCAGAACAAACCUGCAUUCAGCAGGUUUACAACGUCAGAAUUGGCGAAAAAGGUUGCUGCGUAUGGCUUCAAACCUAUCAAGAGUAGGGAUAAUAUGAUCUCACUUCUUGAAAAGUGCUGGGAAACCCAAUCUAAGACAUUGAUACUGGAGUCAAAACCGAAUCAAGGCACUGAUGAUGCCCGGAAAAAUGGCUUUCGCAAAGAGAAUCAUUCAGACGUGAGGGUACGACCUGAUUCAGCUACCCUCGCCAACAGGCGGUCGCCCAAAAAGCAGCAGGCGAAAGCUCUUUCUAAGUUUCAGGAACCGAAUAAUUUCUUACCAAUUGAAAAUUCGACAACGACCGCAUCAAUGUUGCCGAUUAUAUCCUCACACACGAUCCUCAUAAACGACGAUCAACUAAGUGACUCCGUUGGGGAAACAGUUUCGUUUUUACCUUCUCUGGAUCAUAAUGGGAACGGCACAACAAUUCAAGAAAAUAUGCUUGAAAUAAAAUCUCCGGCAACUCCAAAUGCCAGACGUUCUAGACAGGGUUCUAGCUCUGCAUCCUUUUCCAUCGAGCCGCCAAGUCUUGCUAGCCAGAUCACUAAGGCCAUUAAAUCUCAACCCCGAACUCGAGCGUUCAACGGAUUAAAACAACCUACAUGGUAUGAGAAGAUUCUCAUGUAUGACCCUAUUCAGCUCGAAGACCUGGCUGCAUGGCUCAACACUGAUGGGUUUGGCCGCAUCGGCGAGGAUCGAGAAGUUGGCCCAGGAGUUGUGAGGGAAUGGUGCGAAAGCAAAGGGGUUUGUUGUGUUUGGAAAAAGCAGGUCAGCGGGAGAUCGCAUUACCUGCCUAUGGUAUCUUGA